UUAAAAUCGAGCUGAAUAUCUCAGUGUUACUAAGAAAUAAGAUCUGCAAAAUGAGACUGCUGCUGAUUUGUGCAUUUCUAGUUAGCCUCUCAGUUCUGGCCAAUUCGCUGCCGCGUUUUGUGGAAACAGCAAAUGACUGUGCAAAGAGGAACCAUGUUAAGAUCAAAGAUGCCAGGGGUAUCCUGCUCAGUUACAGAGUCAAAAGUAGAACUCACAGGAUUAAGUGCUUUGUAGAUUGCGUCUUUGAGCAAAUUUCUAUAAUGGACGUUGUAAAUAAGAGAUUUAAACCGGAGGACAGUCAGCCCUGCCUUUCCAUCAAGAAUGACGAUAAGUGCGUAGAGUCCUUCCAUAAAUUCGAAUGCUUCGUUAAAGUCGAUAAAAAAUACAGGCAUAGGAGACACUUCUUAAAAGAUCGGCAUUGAAAAUUGCUUAAAUUCUGAUUAAGUUCUUAAUGUUACUGUCAACCAAACGUAGCCAUUUAAUUUAAGGUUAAUAAUUUAAAAAUAUUUCGAUAUCAAUAAAAUCAAUGCUUUAAGGCUUUUGCCUACAUA